UAGGAUCUGUCUGAGUGAAGUUACAUAAACGUCAUACGUCUGCUUACACAGGGAAGCACUAAAACAAGAGACUAAACAAUGAAGAAGGGAAUCCUAGAACGCUUGGAUGCUGGUGAGGUGGUUAUCGGUGAUGGAGGUUACGUGUUGCAGCUCGAAAGGCGGGGUUACGUGAAAGCUGGCCACUUUACACCAGAGGCGGCCGUUGAGCAUCCCGAGGCAGUGAGACAGCUUCACAGGGAAUUCAUGAGGGCUGGGGCUGAUGUUCUGGAGACUUUUACCUUUUACUCCAGCGAUGAUAAACUGGAGUUAAGCGGCAAUGUCACCAAUAUCACGGGGGAACAAAUUAAUGAAGCUGCCUGUAAAUUGGCCAGGGAAGUGGCCAAUGAGGGGAAUGCGCUAGUUGCAGGUUCAGUGUCCCAAACUCCAUGCUAUCUGAAAAGUCGGAAUGAGGAAGAGGUGAAGGCUAUCUUCAAGAAGCAGCUGGAUUUUUUCAUGAAGAAGGAUGUAGAUUUCAUGAUCGCAGAGUACUUUGCACAUGGUGAGGAAGCGGUGUGGGCGGUGCAGGUACUGAAGACUUCUGGGAAGCCUGUAGCCGCCACACUGUGCAUCUCUCCAGAGGGCGACAUGAAUGGAGUCAGCCCUGGAGACUGUGCGGUCAGGCUGGUCAAAGCUGGUGCACAGAUUGUUGGCGUCAACUGCCACUUGGAUCCUAUGUGUUGUUUGAAAACGGUGAAACUAAUGAAGAAGGCACUGGAAGACGCCCAUCUGAAAGCCCAUUUGAUGAUCCAGCCUUUGGGUUUCCAUACGCCAGAGUGCAACCACAGGGGCUAUAUUAGCCUCCCAGAGUACCCAUUUUCACUGGAGAGUAGAGCGAUGAACCGUUGGGACAUGCAGAAAUAUGCCAGAGAGGCCUACAACGCCGGCAUACGCUACAUUGGAGGAUGCUGUGGUUUUGAACCCUACCACAUCCGAGCUUUGGCUGAAGAGUUGGCACCAGAGAGGGGUCUCUUACCUCCCGCCUCUCAGAAGCAUGGUCUCUGGGGAAGUUCACUGGCAACGCAAACCAAACCCUGGGUUAAAGCACGGUCCACACGUGAAUACUGGGAAAACCUUCGACCAGCAUCUGGGCGACCCUUGUGCCCUUCGAUGGCAACGCCUCAAGAUUAACCACGGAUACAGAAAACUCUGUCUUCGAUAGUCUCUUAUUCAGUGAUCUGUCUCUUUCUAUAAGAUUAACCUAUACCGAAACAUUUUAGAGAAAUUAAAAGAUGAUCUAACAACUGAUCAAA